GUAUACUCCAGACUGAUUCUGAGUCUGCUCCUGGAAUUUUCAGUCUCAGGGAAAAACAUGCUUUACUGCUACAGUGGCUGAACCUGAAAUCACAAUCUGGAGUGAAUCUUCUGUUUAAGGGAAGCCAAGAUCUUGGAACUUGGCCAGGUUUUGCCAUAAGCAACAGUCAGGCCAGUAACCAGAUCAGCAAAAGAAUGCGCGUGGUUUGAGGGGACGAAUUGGUGUGGGUUCUCCAUCCUAAGAGCUAAGCUGUUCCUUUACAUUAGGAUUUUUCGAAAAGAAAAUGGCCAAACUGUUGCAAGCUCCUCCCAAGUUCCUUCCCCCAGAGUGGCAUAUUGCAAACAAGACACAGUAUUCCAGUGCGGAGAGCCAGAGAUCCAGGUCAGAGCGACUCGUAGCUGAGAGCCAGAGGCUGGUGGAUGAAAUUGAAAAAACAACUCAGAAAACCCAAAGUGAUGUUAACAAGAAAAUAGAACAGAGACUUGAUGAAAUAAAAUUCUGGAAGCAAGAAUUAGAUGACAAACUAGAGCAGGUUGUUAAUGAGACAGAAGCGCUGUUGGCUUUUAAGACAAGGCUAGAGAAGGCAUUGGAAAGCUGUAAAGAGCCGCUAUUCAUUGCUCAAGAGUGUCUCUUGAACAGGCAGAGGCGAGUUGGGAUUGAUUUGGUCCAUGACGAAGUGGAACGGGAACUGAUAAAGGAAGUUGAAGUGCUCCAGGGGGUUAUGGCUUUACUGGAGCGCACACUGGAACAAACCAAUGAGCAAAUUAGGCUAAACCGUUCGGCUAAAUACAAUCUGGAAAUGGAUCUGAAAGACAAGUUCGCUGCCUUGACAAUCGAUAACUAUUGUUCCAGUUUGACAAACAAUACAGCUGAUAUAAGAUAUGCUAGAAAUGUAGUGAAAGUUGAAGGAAAGUCAGUGAGCCCUGAAGACUGGGUAGAUUUCUCGAAUGCAAAUGUUGAAAAGGCUGACAAGCAGAGGAACAACUCUUUGGCGCUCAGGGCCUUGAUUGACCGAAUCUUAUCCCAGACGGCAGGUGACAUGCGCAAGCAGUGCGAGACGGUGAACAUUGCUUUUAAGAAUAGGGUGAAGGAGACAAAAGAUGCAAAGAACAAACUAGAGAUGCAUCUCGCUAAGGUGAUGGAUGAGAUUACAGCCCAGGAGAAGAACAUUGCAGCCUUAAAGAAAGCUAUCAUCGAUAAAGAAGGCCCCGCCAAGGUGGCUCAGACACGCUUGGAGACGCGGACCCAUCGUCCCAAUGUGGAGCUGUGUCAUGAUAUGGUGCAGUACAGGCUGAUCAGCGAGGUUCAGGAGAUCACAACCAAUAUUCAGAGACUAAAGGACACGUUGGCACAAGCUGAGGUGGAGCUGAAAAGUCUGAGCCGGCGACAGCUUUCACUAGAGGAGGAGAUCCAGGUCAAGGAGAACACACUGUACAUCGAUGAAGUGUUGUGCAUGCAGAUGAGGGAGUCUAUUUCCAUUAACAAUUUCUGAAGCCCGGGUGUGGAAGAGAACAUUCCCCCACGUUGGACCAGAUUCUGCAUGGACAUACACCAGGGCAAUGCCUGAGUAACUUCACUGAACAUUAACGUAACGACUCUUUGUUCACACUAGUGUGACCCAGAGCACAAUCUAGCCUAGGUAUGUGAAUCAAUUAAAACAGACCUAAAUGCCUCCGCCCAACUGCUUGUCCCCGGAGCUAUUGUAUGCUUUCUAGUAGACAGUAAAGUUAUGGAACAACA